AUGGCGCCAGUGGCGCUAGCGGCCGGCACGGCGCAUCGUCGUCGGAAAUGGCCGGAAGCGCGUCCUCUAGUCUCUGGACGCGUCACACGCAAGGCGCUGGUGCUUAUUAAGGAGCUGAAAACGAAGCCGCCUGCUAACGAGGAUGAGCUGCAUCAAAGGCUCGAAAACUGGGUGAAGGGCGUGCGGCCGCACCGCCGGGAUUUGAUUGACACGAUCAAAGAGAUGGACACGGCUGAUACUAGGGAGCUGCUGUGCCAGGUCAUGCAGUGGUCCCUAUCGGAGGAAUGGUACGAGGCUGACGCUCGGGACUACACGAAGCUGGUGGAGAGGCUCGGCAAGGACGGGCGGCUGGGGGAGAUGGAGCGAGCGUUCACAGGCAUGGAGGCGGACGGGAUAGCUCCAGAUUUGAUUUCGUUCUCUGUGAAGAUCAAUGCUUAUGGGCGGGCCAAGGAGGUGGAAAAGGCAGAGGCGGCAUGGGAGGAAAUGAGGCUGCGUGGCAUUACUCCUGACGCCAAGGCAUACACCACCAUGAUGACCGUCUAUGGCAAGGCGGGGCAGCCGGACAAGGCAGAGCAGCUGCUAGACGCCAUGCUCGCUGCUGCCUGCAAGCCCUCCCCUGUCACUCUCUGCUCCCUGGUUACUGCUUAUGGGCUGGCUGGCCGCCCUGACGACGCCCAGAGGGUCUUUGACAAAGUGCUGGCCCAGACCGACAUUAAACCGGACUGCCAUGUAUUCACGGCCCUGUCAGCAGCCUUCGGAUUGAACGGGCGCACAGAUGAGGCAGUAGCAGCGUUCAAGCGCAUGCUGGCUGCGGGGCUGGCCCCUGACGACCGCUCUGUGGCCCGGCUUGUGGAGGCGCAUGGCAGCAUGGACAGACAGCUGGACCGACAGCUGGCGCUGCUGGCUGGAGGGGUGGAGGGAGGAGCAGUGGGAGGAGCAGCGGGAGGCGAGGAGGGAGGAAAGGAGGGAGGGGAGGGGAGGAGAGGGGAAGAGGGGGUGGGAGUGGGGAGGAGGGAGGCGAGUGAGGAGGAGAAGCUGAGGUGCAGGCAGGCAGUGAAGCUGGUGUUGGAGCUGGAGGGGGCGGGUAUCCGGCCAGGCGUGGAGACCUAUACGGCUCUCAUUUCUUUGUUUGCCAGCCACGGGUUGGUGAGGGAAGCAGCAGAGGUGUUUGAGGAGAUGCAAAGGGUGGGGUUGCAGCCCAACGCCAGGACGUACACUCGUCUCUUCCAGGCCUACGCGCUCGCAGGGGACUUGGACAGCUGCUCCCAGGUUCGGAAGACAAUGCAGGUGCUGGGGUGGACUCUUAACCCACCCAUAGUCCGGGGCAUGGUUCGUGCACUGGUGGCAGGGGGACAGGGUGCUGCGGCUGCAGAUUUGGUGAGAGAAGCAGAGGAGGAGGAAGGGGUGGUGGUUGAUGGAGAUGUGAAGGAAAUGGCUCAGCAGCAUGCAAGGGAGUUGAUGCACUGA